AUGAGUGCUGACAUACCAGACCGUGGACCACUCGUCCGAGUGGUAACUGCAGUUGUGAUCACUUUGUCUACUGUGGUUGUACUUUUGCGGUUUAUUUCUCGUGGUCUUAUUGUGCGACACCUUAGUGGCGAAGAUUACUGCUUGCUUCUGGCCUGGCUUAUCGCCAUCGGUCUUUCGGCUUCUGUCAUCCUUGCGACGACUAAUGGCCUGGGGAGGUAUGAUAGCGACAUUCCCAGCGACUGGGAGUAUCGGCUUCUGCAAUGGACAUACGUCUUUACUGUGCUCUAU